GCCAGCUGAAGCCGUUGCUCCUCGUCCUGUCCCCUAGAGAAACGCCCCGUCCUGCCCUGCAGCCUCCCCUUCCUCCCCACGCAGCAAGUGUGGACGCCUGUGUAAGUGUGAGACCAUCAUGGUGGCAUUUAAAGGAGUCUGGACUCAGCCUUUCUGGAAAGCUGUUUCAGCAGAAUUUUUGGCCAUGCUAAUUUUUGUCCUCCUCAGCCUUGGCUCUACAAUCAACUGGGGUGGAUCUGAAAAGCCUCUACCUGUAGACAUGGUCCUUAUUUCCCUCUGCUUUGGACUCAGCAUUGCAACUAUGGUGCAGUGUUUUGGACACAUCAGUGGAGGCCAUAUUAACCCUGCUGUGACUGUUGCUAUGGUCUGCACUAGGAAGAUCAGCCUUGCCAAGUCUGUCUUCUACAUUGUUGCCCAGUGCCUGGGUGCUAUUGCAGGGGCAGGACUUCUCUACCUUGUCACACCCCGAGAUGUGGUGGGAGGCUUGGGAGUUACUAUGGUACAUGGCAAUCUCUCCGCUGGCCAUGGACUCCUGGUGGAGUUGAUAAUUACAUUCCAGCUGGUUUUUACUAUUUUUGCCAGCUGUGAUUCAAAACGAAAAGACGUCACUGGUUCAGUAGCUUUAGCAAUUGGAUUUUCUGUUGCAAUUGGACACUUAUUUGCGAUCAACUACACUGGUGCCAGUAUGAACCCUGCUCGAUCAUUUGGACCUGCUGUUAUUAUGGGAAAAUGGGAAAACCAAUGGGUGUAUUGGUUAGGACCUAUAAUAGGAGCAGUCCUUGCAGGUGCCCUUUAUGAAUAUGUCUACUGUCCAGAUGUUGAACUCAAGCAUCGUUUUAAAGAUGUCUUCAGUAAGGCUACCCAGCAGUCUAAAGGGAAAUAUGUGGAGGUGGAAGAUAGUCGGAGUCAAAUAGAAACUGAUGAUUUGAUCCUGAAGCCUGGCAUCGUUCAUGUGAUUGACAUUGAAAGAGGUGAAGACAAGAAGAGAGGUGAUCCGUCCAGUGAGGUGCUGUCUUCAGUAUGACUAGCAAGGAGCACUGAAAGCAGAGAACAGCCUUGUAGCAUGUCCACAGAUAUCCUUCCACCCAUUAGAGAGACAGAUUUACUGUAAAGCAAGUAUAUACGACACCUUAAACUGUAUGGUGAUGAAAGCAGCUAGGUAGUUAGGUAGUUGUUUUACCGAGCCAUACAUCUUCUCAGUUUGAAUAUUAAAGGUUUACUUUACUUAAGGGGUCCCCACCGAUUAUUCCAAAUUCAGAAAUAUUCUUUCCCCCCCUUUUUUUUGGAAUAUCCCUAAAAUCAAUUUAAAAGAGAGAUGAAAGCAUUUCCCUUUAAUAAGUUAAUCAAUAGUGAGAUGGAAAUAAAGAUAUUUAACAUUCAGAUUGACAGUUAAGACUUAUCAGCAAAUGCCUAUAGACAUACAGACAUAUUUAUCAGAUUGUUCUUCUGACACUUAAUUGGCUGUUGUCAACCCUGAUUAGAAUAUCUUACCAUUAAGCAGUUUUUGCAAGGUUCAGUGCUAAAAAUGCCAGUGUACAGUAUUUAACAGAUUCAUCCAAAUUAAAAAAAAAGGAAGUGUUGGUUUUUUUCUUGUGUAUCCCCUCUCAUCAUUUCUUUAAAACCUACUUCUGAAACACUAUAUUGUUUCAUAGUUUCAUAGUUCUAGGGUCGGAAGGGACCUAAUAGAUCUUCUAGCCCGACCCCCUGCCAGGGCGGGAGAACAACCCAAAAAAAAACAAACA